AUGCCCUUCAGUGACGAGUGCAGCCAUGCAUCCUGGCAACGUCUGCGCGAGAGGCUCCAGCUAAUGGAAGGCAAUGCCAUGGAGAUGAGACACGAGGUAUAUCAAAGUUGGGGACGGGACAAUGGUGAUGGACCAAUGGGUGCCUGCCUUGUUGGUCAUCAGAUCCGCGAUCGAAACUGCAGGCUGCUGGAGAUGGAAACUGCCAACAAACAGCUGACCGACGCGCUGCUACAGGAGCGGCAGCAGCGGGCCUUCCAAGAGAGCCAAAGGAGGCUGGAGGGCCUCCACGCCUCUGCUGAACUGUCUCCCACACCUCGUCCAAGCAUCCCAGCCGGCGUGGAUCUGCAAUCCGAGCUGCAGGAGGCGGAGGAAUCGUCACGCCUUAAUGAUGGGGAUCUCGGCCAGGGAAGGAGAAAUGCUCCCUUGCCGCCGGUGGGGCACAACGGAGUGCCACCUCUCAAUUUCGCGGCCCUCAGGACCUACUGGGACGGUAAAAUGAGAGGCGCCGCUUCGGAGGACGACACAGCUGCUUUACUGGUAUGGACACUUCUGGCUGCAUGUCUCUUGGACUUUUCAUCUCACUUGUUCGUAUUGUACCAGGUCAGUUCAGCUCGCAGCCACGGAGAGGAGCCCACACGACCACCGUGGCUGCAAAGACGGCUGGUGGGUGAGGCAGGCAGGCAGGCGGGCGGGUCCCAUGCCUUCAUGUCUGCACUAAUGUGUAGCAUUAUGUAUCUUGUGUGUGCAGCGUGAGGUUGAGUAUGAGCGGAAUCAGGAGCGUGUCAAGGUCGAAAAGCUCGAGGACCAGGUGCGCCUGUUGAGGCAGCAGCUGCCGCUCAGUGAUGUGCCCACGGAAUGGCAGAAAGCAAGGUGCGUCUGCUCUAUGUGAUGCCAACCGCUGGACCAUCAUCAGUACAUGUCGCCGUCCAUGUGUUCGUGUAGGUGUCUUCGUCAGUCGACAGUGUCGACAAGCGAUGCCGACGAGCCGCUGGCCAGCAGCGCGUCGCUCCCCGUCGACGGCCUCGACACUGAUGGGGAGGGAAUAGACAGACACGAGACGGCGCGCAAGAGACACCAGGGAUGGAUGCAGACAUACAGGUCCUCCACCACCCACCUAGCGAGCACCACAGACAACGGGACGGCCUCAUGCCAUUCGUCGAUGCGUGUGUCAUUUGCAGGUCGCUGGGCCCCCGCGCAGCACAGUUGCGGAACCAAAGGAGUGUUGGAGACAUACUGAGACCCAAGAGGAAAAAAGGCCAGAAGGGGAAGGCCGCUGGAUACGGCACGGACGGCGAGAUUUCCCUGACACAGCUGCAGCGGGGCUUCUUCGCGCAACUGCAGCAGCUGGCGCACAGUGGGAUGGGCUCUGUUGCACUCACCGACAAGCCAGAGCAACGGAAAAGGACCAAGAGAAGCAAGACCAGAAGGACCGGUGAUGAUGCAGCACUGGAAUCUCAGCAGUCCGUGAGACAGCAGGCCAGCACACGCAUCGACCUUUCCUUCGAUGGGCGUGUUGGCCGGUCGACCGGCCCUCACCUGAUGGGCCCCCAAAUGAAGCAAGACAUGUCGAGCAAGCCGCAAGAGACGGGCACUGGCUGGUCGGCACUGAGGGCAGUGCAAACACGGCUGACGGCGAGGGACGUGCCGGGUGCAGGCCCUGGGUGGAUGGAGACAUUAAGCACUGCGGUUGUUGAGUCAGCGAGAGGGGCGCAGCUGUUCCUGAAUGGUCUGAGGGUCGCUGCUCAGCCGAUGGAGCUGUCGGCUGAGGGUGGUGCGUCGGGUGGGGGGGGUGUGUUGCCGCCACCGUCGAUCACCGAGGUGUCUGACGGUUGUCAGAGGAGGAAAUGGAAAGCGUGUCACUCGGUUGCUUUGUUAGAGAGUGGAAACUAGGACGUGCUGCCUUUUGGAACUGAGACAUGG